AGAUGGUGCUCACUUGUGUAUUCAAAGAAAGCUACACAUUUUGUUGCAUUGAGAAUUGGGAAUAAAGUAUCAACUUGGACAAAAUUAUGUCUUUUGGAAUGGAGUUAGCUUUUGCUGCUCUUAUAUUGGCAUGCUUGCAUUCUUUUGUAUCACCUGAUGCACAAGGGGAUGCCCUCUAUGCAUUGAGGAAAUCACUGAAUGCUUCAGUUGAUCAGCUCAAGGAUUGGAAUCCAAAUCAAGUUAGUCCAUGCACUUGGUCCAAAGUUAGUUGUAUCAGCAAUAAUGUUGUUUCUGUAUCAUUGACGUCCAUGGGAUUUUCUGGAAUCUUAUCUCCUAAAAUUGGAGUUCUGAAGACUCUUCAAACACUUUCUUUGCAAGGAAAUUCCAUAACUGGCCCGAUUCCGAUAGAGUUUGGAAAUUUGACAAGCUUGACAAUGUUGGAUUUGGAAAAUAACCGUUUAACUGGUGAAAUACCAUCUUCUCUUGGCAAUCUCAAGAAGCUUCAGUUUCUGUAUUUGAAUCAAAACAAUCUCACAGGUGCUAUUCCUGAUUCACUCUCUCUUCUUCCAAACUUAAUCAAUCUUCAGCUUGCUUCGAAUGGACUAAGUGGUCAAAUACCUGAGCAAUUAUUCCAAGUUUCAAAAUACAAUUUUACAAUGACCCAUUUGAAUUGUGGGAUAAAUUUUUCCCAUUCUUGUGCAUCUGACAAUGGUGGUUCUUCUCAUAAUCCAAAGAUUGGAACUAUAGUUGGAAUUGUUAUUGGACUUCUAGGUCUUCUUCUUCUUGGAAGCAUGCUGUUACUUUGGUGGAUGAGCAGGCAUAAGCGAUUCAAACGUGAAGUUUUUGUAGAUGUUGCAGGUGAAGUUGACAGAAGAAUUGCAUUUGGCCAAUUGAGAAGAUUUGCUUGGCGAGAAUUACAACUAGCUACAGACAACUUUAAUGAGAAAAAUGUCCUUGGAAAGGGGGGUUUUGGAAAGGUUUAUAAAGGAGUGCUUUCAGAUAAUACUAAAGUGGCUGUGAAACGACUAAAUGACUAUGAGAGUCCUGGUGGAGAUGCAGCAUUCCAGCGUGAAGUUGAGAUGAUAAGUGUAGCUGUUCACAGGAAUCUAUUACGUCUGAUUGGGUUCUGCUCAACACCAACAGAACGCCUUUUGGUGUAUCCCUUCAUGCAGAACUUAAGUGUGGCUUCCCGUCUACGAGAGCUUAAGCCUGGGGAGCCUGUUUUAGAUUGGCCUACAAGAAAACGAGUGGCUUUAGGCACAGCUCGUGGGCUAGAGUACCUUCAUGAACAUUGUAAUCCCAAAAUUAUCCAUCGGGAUGUUAAGGCUGCUAAUGUGUUACUGGACGAAGAUUUUGAAGCUGUUGUUGGCGACUUUGGCCUGGCAAAGUUAGUGGAUGUGAGGAAGACUAAUGUGACAACUCAAGUUCGUGGGACAAUGGGUCACAUAGCACCUGAAUACUUGUCCACUGGGAAGUCAUCAGAAAGGACAGAUGUUUUUGGUUACGGGAUCAUGCUUUUGGAGCUUGUCACAGGUCAACGAGCGAUAGACUUUUCACGCCUGGAAGAAGAAGAUGAUGUUUUAUUACUUGACCAUGUCAAGAAACUGGAAAGGGAGAAAAGACUGGAUGCUAUUGUGGACCGCAACCUAAACAAGAGCUGCAACAUUGAAGAAGUGGAGAUGAUGAUUCAGGUUGCAUUACUCUGUACCCAAUCAUCGCCUGAGGACCGCCCUACAAUGUCAGAGGUGGUUCGGAUGCUGGAAGGAGAGGGACUGGCUGAGAGGUGGGAAGAAUGGCAGCAUGUAGAAGUCAACCGCAGGCAAGAGUAUGAGAGACUGCACAGAAGAUUCGAUUGGGGAGAAGAUUCAAUUUAUAAUCAGGAUGCUAUUGAGCUGUCUGGUGGAAGAUGAUGUGACACAAAAGGUUAUAUAACUUAGCUGUGUUUGUAUUUCUUUUGCAUAACAAGCAUCUCGUGUUAAUAUGUAAUGCAUUUCUAGUUCAAGUUUCUCUAUCUAUUUAUCUGUCUGCUUUUUGCAUUUUAUUUUAUUUUAUCUUUAUUUUAUUUUAUUUUCCCCGUCUUGCGGGCACAGGUGUUAUGUCAGGAUGGCCCUUGUACUUCAUGAAGCUUUACUCGAUAUUAUGGACGGGCAUUACAAAGGCUGUUAGCAAUUCGUGUUCAGUAAUUUUUUGUUCCAAAAUAGAAUAAUCUGACAUUUGAUUUUCACAUUGUGAGAAAUGGAAUUUUAUUAUGCAGCCAUGAAUCUUCAUCUGAUUCCACAUUUAUAGCAAUCUGGGUUCAGUCGAAUUUUGUUU